GAAACACAGAUGGGGAAACGUUAGCUCGCUAGCUAUAUGUGGCGAUCAAAUCAGUUUCUAUAAUACAAAGGUUAAUUUUCAUUAGAAAACAGUUUUGCGCGUAAUAUAAGCGAUUUUGAAAAGAAAGGUAUCGAAGUGCUUCUUUGGCUUUAGGAAAACCUCAACGCUGUGUACGACAUCAUGUGCUGCUCAUGGCCGCUGCUGCCUGCUCUGGUUCUGUCAUCCGUCCUCUCCAUGGUAACCGUGCAGACAGCGCCCUGCCAGACCUGUCGUAAACUCGCAGAGAGCUUUAUCAAGGGCCUGGAACGAACAGCCAAUAAAAACUUUGGUGGUGGGAACACAGCUUGGGAGGAGGAGAAGUUGGCCAAAUAUGCUCGCAGCGAGACGCGUCUGCUGGAGAUCGUGGAGACGGCGUGCGAGAAAUCGGACUUUGAAUGUAACAAGCUGCUGGAACAGAUCGAGGACCAGGUGGAGACUUGGUGGUUUCACAGGCAGCAGGAGGCGCCGGACCUGUCCGAAUGGUUAUGCAUAGAAGAACUCCGACUGUGCUGCCCACCGGGACGGUUCGGAUCAGAGUGUGCAGAGUGCCCGUUGGGUCCGGGGGGGGUGUGCGGCGGCCUCGGCCGCUGCGAAGGUGAGGGGACGAGGUUCGGAGACGGAGAGUGUGUGUGCGACCCGGGCUACUCGGGCCCUCUCUGCCAGAACUGCGCAGACGGAUACUAUCGGGAGAAGAGCUCCAAUCACACACAGCCACCCUGCUCAGCCUGCUAUCGUUCCUGUAAAAAGUGCACUGGGCCGCAAGACUACAAGUGUCUGGACUGCAAGCCUGGGUGGAUCCUUCACAACAACAAGUGUGUGGAUGUAGAUGAGUGUGGGACUGAGCUGGCACACUGCCCCUCCAACACUUACUGCUUUAACACCGAUGGCUCAUAUGAGUGCAGAGGCUGUGACCAAGCGUGUGUAGGCUGCAUGGGAAGCGGGCCGGCUCGCUGUAAGAAGUGCGCCCGAGGAUACCGUCUGAACGGAGCCAAGUGCCUUGACGUGGACGAGUGCAAGGAGAGAGUGAUAGCAUGUCCUGGCCUGAACGAGGCGUGCAUUAACGAAGAGGGCUCCUUCCGCUGUGAGUGUGCACAGGGCUUCAUACGUAGAGACAGCAUUUGCGUGGAGAACCUCCUGCCUUCGGAUCCAGAAAAAGGUUUAUUUGACGAUAUGACCGAUGACGAGGUACUGGUCCUUCAGCAAAUGUUUUUUGGCGUGGUGAUCUGUGCGCUAGCUACACUAGCCGCAAAAGGAGACAUGGUCUUUACUGCCAUCUUUAUCGGGGGCGUGGCUGCUAUGGCAGGCUAUUGGCUCUCAGAGAAAGGCGACCGUAUGCUGGACGGCAUCCUUAAAGGACGCUAAUGAAUCAGAUGCUCAGGAAUGGGAUGGGGGGGGGGGGGGUGCAACUGGAAUGCAAGCCUAUCGGGCAUCAUAAACUUGAAGUGGGAAGGACUUGGAGGUUGAAAGGAGUGGCUAUAAGAAUGCAAGCCAAUCAGGGAUUUUGGAGGAGGGGUAACUGUUAGCAGUGCAACUGUGUCAAGGGCUGGGUAGUGAAAGUUUGGACUAUGCUAAUGGUUUGGACUAUGCUAAUUUUCUGUUUCCACAGUUUUUCUGCUGCUCACUAUAAGAGACUUUACAUAAAGAAUUUUUAAUAAACUUGGACCAGAUAAGCAUCUUGAUAAGAUAUAUAGAAAUCACACUGAAGCUUGAACCAUAAUAGAAUCUGUUAAUAUAUGUUUGAUACAUAACACUGCUAUAGCAUAAAGCUAAAUCUUGCUCCAUUUUUUACAUUAAUGUUAAAAAAUCCAAGACAAACAGCUUUUUUUUAAUGUUUAUCUCUUUUAUCUAUUCAGACUCAGCAAAAAACAGGGUGUAUAAAUGUUUUUUUAAUUUUGAGGAGCUGAAAGGAGCGUAUCUGAAGGUACAGAUAGCGAUACUAAAGGACAAUGUGCAUCACUUGUAUCCCAGGAAGCCAAUGUACAGGAUGAGUGAACGAACCCCAGAGAGUAGAUGAGCUCUCAAAGUGAAGGAUGUUAAACACUUACGUAUUUGGUGAUUUAGACCUUUGUUCGUUUUUAGCUUUAGCAGUAAGAGGUAGAUCAGCAAUGAUGAUAUACAACUUGGUGUACUUUUUAAUUAUAGAGUAAUGAUCCCUUUAUUCAAGGGGAUCUUUCAUUGCACUUUGUUUGGCUUUUAUAUAUUUAUAUUUAUUUUCACCUCAUAUCUUAAUGACUUUUUGUUUUUUUUUAAACUGCCUAACAAUUCGUUUGUUUUUGUGUUAAUAAUGUUGGUGCUUAAAAGCUCACUGAAAUUGUAUAAGGCUGCUGCUCCUGUUAUAAUCGUCUCCCUACUGAAAUGUCUUUACGUUGUGUGACCUCGAUUCCAUCCAUAAAUGAACAUUAUAUUCUAUCCAAGUAAUUACAAAUGAUAAUUUUCCUUAAAUCUCAUGCAGUUGUCUACCAAGCUGUGUGUGUGUCCCUGUGUAAUUCUGGUAAGAUCUGCAUGAAUUCUCUGUCUUUAGACAAUAAGACCCCAUCAGCAAUGACCAUCUUCUAGGAAAGUUGUGAGAAACACAGUUGGCUUGAGGGCUUUUUGGUGGGCUGUGUUCAACUAGGGUCAAACGUACUUGCCUUAAAUUGAACACAUAAUUGCCAACCCCUGAAGUCUGCGUCAUAGUCUACCUCCUGUUAUCGCUUACGUUCAGAGCUUUGUUUUACAAUAUUGUCAACCAUAAAAUAAUGGGUUUCUAAUGAUUUAUUUGCUGUAUCAAAGAAGUGAAAAGAGAAUUUCAAUAAAGCCUAUUUAAAUUA